CUUCAACUUCUCUCCAUGGUCAGGAUUUUCAUAUAAAAAGGCACAGGUUUGCAUGAAAAUGUAUCAUCACUAACAUUCACCCUUUGACAUCAACAACUUCAAAUUCCCAUAAACCUUCAAAACCUCCAAUACAAUGAAGCUUUUCAUUUUCAUCGCCAUAAUUGCGACUGCAUCUGCAACCCCAGUGGACGAAAAAGAGGGGGACAACAUCGGGGAACCAUUGUACCAAACGACCGAUUACCUCUACGUCAAUGACGACUUCAACUCCAUCCAGCAAUCUGGACUUUGCCUGGCUGAAACUAAUUCCGUUCGGGCAAGAAACGGCAAGGGGCCACUCGCUUGGGAUGGCAGGUUGGAAUCAGCCGCUCGAAACCACAACAAUGUUAUGGUGGCGAAGAACUGUUUUAGUCAUCAAUGUCCUGGAGAGCCAAAUUUGGGAACCAGGGUCAGCCAAGUCGGGUAUACUUGGACCAGCAUUGGGGAAAAUAUUGCCAGCGGUUAUCCAGAUUGCAAUGCCGUGGUGAAUGGCUGGAUGAACUCGGCCGGUCAUAGAGAAAACAUUCUGAGAGAUUAUUUGCAAGUCGGGUGUCACAGGGCUAAUCAAUACUGGACUUGCGUUUAUGCCCGAGGACGCUAAUUUUAGUGGAAGUUUGAUGGAAGACUUGUACAAUGAGCUGUUAAUUAAAUACCUACUAAUCCAUAAUUAGUUUCUUUCGAAUAAAGAUUGAUACAGAUAUACAUUGCUUGCAAUAUGGAUUUAUGAAUGAUUUGUAAGAUGUACAUUUUUUAUAAGGAAACUAAUAAUAAAAACAAUAACAAAAAA